AUGACUAACCAACUUAAACUGUGCGAAUAUAAUGAUAAUAAUAGACAACAUUAUGUGCUCUUGGUUGAAGAUGACACAAUUAGCCAGAAUUUGGCGAAGCUCUGCCUAUGCCAUAGAGAUACGGAUGGCUACGUGUCCCUGCAGAGUCAGCACAGCACCUCCCCGGAGAACCCAGACCGGGGGGAACGGCUGAACGGUGAGCACGAGAGCGCCGGGGCCCCUCCUCCCCUGGCUGCCCCGGGCUGGUCGUGGGUCCCUUCCCUCCUCCAGGAGGCUGAGCUUGGAAACCAGGGGGGCUCGGUGGUCGUCUCAUCCCUCUGGUGGGGUCGGGGAGUCGGGGAGUCGGGGCGCACCUGGCAGGGUCCCAGGGAGCGUCCCCGGGCCCCCUCACCGUUAUCCUCCUCCGGAAAACAGUGGUCAGAGUUGAGCAAGACAAAGAAACGAGCAGACGCUGCUGGGGCUCGACUUGCACCGUCUCUUCCUUUACAAGAAGAUUUUGUUUAUCACUGGAAGGCAAUUACCCAUUACUACAUAGAGACUUCGGAUGAUAAAGCCCCAGUGACCGAUACGAACAUUCCAUCCCAUCUGGAACAGAUGUUAGAUAUACUGGUUCAAGAAGAAAAUGAACGGGAAUCUGGAGAGACAGGGCCGUGUAUGGAAUAUUUGCUCCAUCACAAGAUCUUGGAAACGUUAUACACCUUAGGGAAAGCUGAUUGUCCUCCAGGAAUGAAACAGCAGGUUUUAAUAUUCUAUACUAAACUUCUGGGAAGAAUCCGGCAGCCUCUACUUCCACACAUUAAUGUGCACAGGCCAGUGCAGAAAUUAAUUCGACUCUGUGGUGAAGUCCUUGCAACACCAACGGAAAAUGAAGAGAUUCAGUUUCUCUGUAUUGUGUGUGCAAAGCUGAAACAGGAUCCCUACUUGGUUAAUUUUUUUCUGGAGAAUAAGUUGAAAUCAUUGGCUUCCAAAGGAGUACCAAAUGUAAUUUCAGAAGACACAUUAAAAGGUCAAGAUUCCUUGUCAACCGAUACAGGACAGUCCCUUCUGCCAGAAGAACUAUCUGGUGCUACUGGAAUGGAGCAAACAGAAUUAGAAGAUGAGCCUUCUCAUCAGAUAGAUGAUCUCUCCACAAGCUUGGAUAACCUCAGUGUCACUUCACUGCAAGAGGCCUCAGUUGUUCGUCCAAACCAGGAUUACAAUUUAGUGAAUUCCUUGUUGAAUCUUACUAGAAGUCCUGAUGGCCGAAUAGCUGUGAAAGCAUGUGAGGGCUUGAUGUUGUUAGUCAGUUUGCCAGAGCCUGCGGCUGCAAAGUCCCUUACACAGAGCACUUGCUUGUGUGAACUACUGACAGACAGACUUGCCUCCUUGUACAAGGCCCUACCUCAGUCAGUGGAUCCAUUAGAUAUUGAAACUGUGGAAGCAAUUAACUGGGGCUUGGACUCAUAUAGUCAUAAAGAGGAUGCUUCAGCCUUUCCAGGAAAACGAGCCUUAAUUUCAUUUCUUUCCUGGUUUGAUUAUUGCGAUCAACUCAUUAAGGAAGCCCAAAAGACUGCUGCUGUUGCUCUUGCCAAAGCUGUUCGUGAAAGAUUUUUCAUCGGUAUUAUGGAACCUCAGUUAAUGCAAACUUCUGAGAUGGGUAUUCUGACAUCAACUGCUCUGCUUCAUCGCAUUGUUCGGCAAGUAACCUCCGAUGUUUUGCUUCAAGAAAUGGUGUUUUUUAUCCUUGGAGAACAGAGGGAACCAGAAACUUUGGCAGAAAUUAGCAGACAUCCUUUAAGACAUAGGUUAAUUGAACAUUGUGAUCACAUAUCUGAUGAGAUAAGCAUAAUGACAUUAAGAAUGUUUGAACAUCUUUUACAAAAACCCAAUGAGCACAUUCUUUACAACUUGGUCCUAAGAAAUCUUGAAGAGAGAAAUUAUACGGAAUAUAAACCUUUGUGCCCAGAAGAUAAAGAUGUGGUAGAAAAUGGAUUGAUAGCAGGAGCAGUAGAUCUGGAAGAAGAUCCAUUAUUUACUGACAUUUCACCAGAUAACACUUUGUCAAACCAAGAGUGGCUUAGUUCUUCGCCUCCUGCUACUCCAGACCACCCCAAAAAUGAUGGGAAAACUGAAGUCCAUAAAAUUGUAAAUAGUUUUCUCUGCCUGGUACCUGAUGAAGCAAAAUCGUCCUAUCAUGUUGAGGGCACUGGAUAUGACACCUAUCUCCGAGAUGCUCAUAGACAGUUCCGGGACUACUGUGCUAUCUGCUUAAGAUGGGAGUGGCCUGGCUCUCCGAAAGCAUUGGAAAAGUGCAAUUUAGAAGCAGCUUUCUUUGAAGGUCAUUUUUUGAAAGUUUUAUUUGACAGAAUGGGGCGAAUUCUUGAUCAGCCAUAUGAUGUAAACUUACAAGUAACCUCGGUGUUAUCUAGACUUUCUCUCUUCCCUCAUCCACACAUCCACGAGUACCUGUUGGAUCCUUACGUGAACCUUGCUUCUGGCUGUAGAUCUCUCUUCUCUGUAAUUGUCAGGGUUGUUGGCGACCUUAUGGUUCGAAUUCAGCGAAUUCAAGACUUUACUCCCAAGCUUCUAUUAGUCAGAAAGCGAUUACUUGGUUUGGAACCCGAAGGCCCUAUUAUUGACCACAUCACACUGCUAGAGGGUGUGAUUGUGUUAGAAGAAUUCUGUAAGGAGCUGGCAGCAAUCGCAUUUGUGAAAUAUCACGCUUCCUCCACACCAUAAAUAACAUCUUUCAAGAAACCAGGGGAACAGAAAUAUUGUGUACAUUUCAUCAGAAGGGACUCAGUUCCACUCUGCCAUGAGAGGAUAAAAAGCCUUUUUAAUGAAGUAUUGCUGUAAACUGGACAGAACCAUUAAGAACCUAUUGAGUGGACAUUCUUGGUAAAAUGUUGUGUAAUGUUGUUUUCAUUGGCUUUAUAUAAUGGUUCUCUAUAUAAAAUUGCACAUUGUUGAAUCCAGGAUACAAUCAAAGGAACUUCAGGAAAUAAGCCUUUCUAAUGACUGUGUGAGAAGCUGUAAAAUUUCUGAUGUCAUGACUUUGAUGAUAUUUCUGUUAUUUUAAAAUCCUUUUAGGUAGCGAGGCAUUUUGACAUUCUUCGGGACUCAAAUGCUUAUAUUCUUUUGGAUUGAUAAGUAGCAAAAAAAACCCCACUAAUUUUAUAACUUUUUAAGGUCAGAAUUCUUAUCAAACAAAAUAUGAAAAAAACUGUAAAUGAGAAAAAGCAUACAAUUCAGGAGCCAUCGAAUGAAUCGAGUUAAUUAUAGGAGAUAAAUGUGUAGAUCAGUGUUAACUUUCUUCGGCUUUUCUAAGAAUAACAAUUUAAUAUGAUAAAGAAAUUAUUAAUUAAUAUAUAUAUAUUUUUUAAAGAAAUGUUCUUUUACUCUUUUGUGCACAUAGCCAUGUUAGUGAUUGAUUUUUCAUGUAUGGGUCUCAGUUUAUUUAAACUGUGACAUUUUUGCAACAACAUUGAAUUUAUGCUCAUCAUUGGUAGUGUUUGCUAAGAUUGUAUUUUUUAAGCUAAUUAACAUGUACUGGGGUUUUCCCUCUCUGAAAAUUGCUUUAUAAUUUAAUUUUCUUACUGAAAUGCAUAGUGUCUCCAUGGGGAACUGAUAACUCUUAGGCAGCAAUCAACAUGCCAAUGGCCUCCUUAAUGUUUACAUUUUUUUCCCAUUUUGUUCAGUCUUUCAUUUUAAAUGAUUCUAAAGAGAUUAAGCAAAACAGUCUUUUAAAUGUCCUGUUUACAUGUUAAAGGAUUUGGGAAAAUUGAGUAUGUAUGUGAAUGGAUACAGUGUAGGAACGCGUAGUUUAGCAAAGCUGUGCUGGGCACAGUGUACUUGUACUUCACUGACAAAAUGGUGUUUGCUAGUCCACUUUCUCUUUUUCCUUUAAGUGAUUCUUGUCACUCAAAUACUGCUUUUGAGCUAUUGUUUGUUUGUUUGUUUGUAGUCGAAAGGUUAAGCAGCAGCACUUUUCUCUUUAUCUUUUCAUUUACUGAUAUUUGGGGGAGCAGACUAUCAAAGUUCCAGCUUGAAAGGAACUGUCUACCCCUCCUGGGAAUACGUUAUGUAGCGUGUUUGCAUAUAUAUGUUGCGUGUUGUGUGCACAGAAGCAUGUUUUUACACCUCUGCUCAUUUUGUCGUAUUAGCUUUUCUGAUGUAUUUUAUAGUUAGUUUUUACUAUUUAUUAAGAACAGAAUAUCACAAGAUUCUGAAUAGUCUCAGCUCUAGAAUGUUUACCACUGUUAAAAUAACAAGAAGCCUAAAUUUAUAAUGCAUUGCAAAUCUUUGUUAGCUCAUUCCAAGGUGUUUAAGUAAAACAAUGAAAAAACAAGAGUAGGAGAUGGUUACUUCAUGCAGGAUUUUCUGUAAGUGAUUAUGAAUGAUGGGAAAGCAUUUUUCAGUUGUAUCUUUUGAUCACUUCAUGUGAGGAAUACUGUAACAUCUCCAUUUUUAGAUGUAGUAACUGUCGACUUUGAUGUACAUGUAUUUAAAAUAAGACAUUAAGAGAUAUUAAAUAUUUCUUAGUGUUUCCAUAGUGCUCUGUAGAUGUAAUAGCGAUGAUGUUACCUCUCAAACCAAAUACUCUUUUAUCCUUGAUUUCACUAUGGGACCUUACAGCUAAUCCAUGAAACCAAGUCCGGAAAAGCUUUAACUCUUAUAUUUGUGUUUGUGUAUGUGUAUGCUGCUCCUGAAAAUAUAAUUUUUCUAAGUUAUUAUAAUGACUUUGAUUUGUAGUCAGCUAAGGCUUAGGUUAAGUUUGUUUCUCUUCUAAGUUUCUUUUUUUCUUUCUUUCUUUUCAAAGUUAGUUCAGAUGUAGAGCCAGCACAAGUUUUCACCGAGUUGAAUUUGUGAAACAUCAUACAACAUCACUAGUCUUUUUCUUACUGUCUGCCGAAAGCUGAAUAUUUCUAUUACUCAGUACUUAUAAAAACAGUGUCUAAAAUGCACUAUGUUGGGUGGAAAGUACCACCAUAACAGUCAAUUGCCAUAGCAAGUUCCAAACUGAAUUUUAGCCUUGCUUCACAUUUGUAUCAAUAGGUGUGCACAAUUUUAAGAAACUUCUCAGAGUAUAGUCUUUGGGUUUUAGUUAUGAGCCACAUUCUUCACUUGAUUUAACUCAAAUUUGUCUUAGCCAAUUAUCAUUGUAGUAGUCACAUUAUAACUAUGUAACAUUCUCUUAAUGUAUCUGUGCAAUAUGGAAGCUAUGAGUGGAUUCAAAGCUUUUUGAUUUAACUGUACAUUAUUGUAUGUGUACGUGUGUGUAUAUAUGUAUAUAUAUAUAUAAGGACCAAAAUUCUUAGCUCGCUUACACUGUUGCUAGUGUAAAGAUUGUUACACUUAAUUUUACAGGGCACAAAUUAUGGAAUUACUUCAUAAAUUCAUGGUAACCUAUUUCCAUAAAUUAUUGCAUUAAUAUACAAUUACCAUUUAAUUAUGAAGUCCAUAGGUAUUAACAGAAGAAGUUGCAGUGAAGUGCUGAAAUCACAAAGUACAUGUCAAUUUUAUUUUGGGUUGUACAAUAAAUUGAAAUAUGCAUGCCAUCAUGACACUUGAUGUGUUAAAACAUGGUAGAUAAUCAUAUUCUGGGCCCUGUAAAAUAGUGUUACUGUAAUACGCUGUUUUGCCUCCUGCCUUGUUUACAUUAAACAGAGGAUAUUUGGUAAAUUUUUCUAUUGAACGUUGUGUAGGUUACUGACAGUGUUAUCAGUGUCUGGAAUUCUUGGGCUGUGGAGAAAUUCUUGAGACAGUAAUUGUGUACCUACUCGCUUUUCAAAGGAAGUUGUGAUCAAGUUCAACUUUUUGUGCUAACAAUGCAUGCAGGACUAAGAGGGAAAAAUCUAAAAAAUAAAUAAUGUAAUGUAA